AGAAACCACAAACAUUGAUACUUGUACUGCUGAUGUGGUCGGAGUUAUGGGAUAUAAAAGCAAUAUGAAAACAAGCAGAAACUAUAUCACCAACGGUAAAGCAGGCUUUUAAGAUAUCAACAUUGGAAGGAAGAAAUAUAUCGUAUUAAUGGAGAUAAAGCAGACAAUGAGUAAAGAUAAUGACAUCACAUAUACAGAUAAAACCCUCCCAGUGGUUACUCGCUCUCAUCGUGGAGUUACAGGCGAUGACUCCUUUGUUAAGGAGCUGACCAGCAUAACAAAAGGUCUGAAAAAUCUCUUUAGCAAGACAGGGAGCAUGACAGAACUGAUAAAAGCUGGUUUCAAUGAUGUUGAUGAAUCACCUGAGAAGAAUUGCAAAGAAAAUGAACGGAGUCAGAAGUUCGUAAGUGACAGAAUCUCCGAACUGGAGUCACUUCUUCCGCUUCAUGAAAACAUUCAUUUGUCCGGUCAGACGACAAUCGAGAUCUUGAGUGAAACAAUAAACUAUAUCAAACUGCUCAAAAAGGAAUGUGAUCAGAGUCAAGCGGUUAGGGAAAAAAUCAAAAAUCUCUGUAUGCAAUGCGUGACUAUGACGAUAAGACUAAAACAUCUCCAGGACAUGAACAAGAAGGAGAAUGUUCCGGUUGAUGCAGACAAAUAACAAAAAAUAAAUAUCAACAUCAGGAAAACAGAAUGCACAUAAACACAUAAAUUAAUUCGAUGCCAUAUCAAAACAUUAUGUUGAUUUGAAUUUAUAUUUUCUUGCAAAUAAAUAUGCGUUAAUAAAGACAAUGCCUUAUGUAGUCAAUUUCAAUAUCAUUCUGGUAGUUGAUCUUGAUGGAAGAUGAAAGUUUUAUUUAGAAGCCAUCAUAAUUUCCCUCAUCGAUAAUAAUUUUGAAAA